AUGCUAGUUUCUUUACUUUUCUUUCUUUCUUUCUUUCUUUCUUUCUUUCUUUCUUUCUUUCUUUCAAGAAAUGAAUAUGCUAUUUUCUUUCUUUCUUUCUUUCUUUCUUUCUUUCCAUGGGACAUGUUGAUUAAUAUCUAUCUAUCUAUCUAUCUAUCUAUCUAUCUAUCUAUCUAUCUAUCUAUCUAUCUAUCUAUCUAUCUAUCUCAUUCUGUUUCUAUCUAUCUAUCUAUCUAUCUAUCUAUCUAUCUAUCUAUCUAUCUAUCUAUCUCAUUUUGUUUCUAUCUAUCUAUCUAUCUAUCUAUCUAUCUAUCUAUCUAUCUAUCUAUCUAUCUAUCUCUGUUAGAUGUGCACACAGAUAUAUUGAUAGUAUCUAUCUAUCUAUCUAUCUAUCUAUCUAUCUAUCUAUCUAUCUAUCUUAGACUAAUCAUUUCUUUCUUUCUUUCUUUUAUUUGUCCACAUUGUUAUCUAUCUCUCUAUCUAUCUAUGUUCAAUUAUUUUUGUUUCACUGUUAAAUCUAUCUAUCUUCGUUGGAUGUACAUGAGUAAGGGCAUAUCUAAAUUUGAUCUGCUCUUCAGAUCGAUUCUACUCAACAGAAGUAUCUAUUAUUAUAACUUUGGUAAAAAGCCAGGAUUUACAGUGCUGAAUUUGAAAGAAGGUAGGGCGCUCCCCGCCUGCAAGAUUACAAAACAAUUUUCUUUUUCACCUAUACUUGAGAAAGUCUGGAUAGGGUUAUCUAUCUAUCUAUCUAUCUAUCUAUCUCAUCCUGUUUCUAUCUAUCUAUCUAUCUAUCUAUCUAUCUAUCUAUCUAUCUAUCUAUCUAUCUAUCUAUCAUUUGUGUUCACCAUUAAAGCUUUCUUCUCGGUUCGUUUCUGCCUCUAA